AUGACGCGAAUUUUGUUGCUCGCGGUGGCCAUCCUCCACCUAGUCCACGCGCAACAAAUCGGGACGCCAGACAUCCACCCAAAACUCCAAACAUGGAAAUGCACCAAAAAGCACGGCUGCACAAAACAAGCAACCUCCGUUGUCCUCGAUGCUCUCUCCCACCCACUCCAUCUCGUGGGCAACGCCGGUAUCUCAUGCGGCGACUGGUCAGGACUAAACAAAUCACUGUGCUCCACAGACUCGGACUGCGCCCAGAACUGCAUCCUCGAUGGAGUCGACUAUGCAAGCUACGGCGUCAGCACCAAAGACGACAAAUUGGUCCUGCACCAGUACAUUCAAUCACACAAUGAAACGACCGUUGCCUCGCCUCGAGUCUACCUGCUUGAUGAAAGCGGAAAGAACUACGACAUGCUCAGACUCCUAAACCAAGAACUCAGUUUCGACGUCGACGUUUCAUCGCUCGUCUGUGGCAUGAACGGUGCUUUGUAUCUUUCUGAGAUGUCUCGGUCUGGAGGACGCAGUGAUCUUAACCCCGCCGGGGCGCAGUAUGGGACUGGGUACUGUGAUGUGCAGUGCCCGGCUACGGCGUUUAUUGACGGUGUUGCGAAUGUUGACGCCGACGGGGCGUGUUGCAAUGAGAUGGAUCUUUGGGAGGCAAAUGCGGUUUCUACGGGGUAUACAGCACAUGCAUGCAAUAUUUCCCGGCUGUACGAGUGCAGUGGCGACGAGUGUGGGAGUGAGGGCGUCUGUGAUAAGUCGGGGUGUGGGUUUAAUCCGUAUGCGCUUGGGGACCAUGACUAUUAUGGGUAUCGGAAGGUGGUGGAUACGAGCAAAAGGUUUACCGUUGUGACGCAGUUUGUUACGGAUGAUGGAUCGGAGGGAGGGAGUUUGAGGGAGAUUAGACGGUUGUAUGUGCAGGAUGGCAAGGUGAUUCAGAAUGCUGUUGUUGAGGUGUCAGGGUCGGAUAUUGAUUCGUUGACGGAUGGGUCUUGUUCGACUUCUGCGAGUCGCUUCCAGCAGUUGGGCGGGCUGAAGCAGAUGGGCAAGGCACUGUCUCGUGGGAUGGUCCUGAUUUUUAGUAUCUGGAAUGACUCGGGGGCCUUUAUGAAUUGGCUGGAUAGUGGGAGCGCCGGGCCAUGCAACAGUACCGCAGGAAAUCCGAAGCUGAUCCAAGCUCAGCAUCCGGGAACUUCGGUGACAUUUUCGAAUAUCAGGUGGGGUGAUAUUGGAUCUACGUAUGUCCAUUGA